AUGGUUGGAUUUUCAGACUCAGAUUUUGGUGGAUGCCAAGACUCUAGGCACUACACUCUUGGCUAUGUGUAUCUCCUUGGUGGAGGUGCUAUAUCAUGGAAAAGCCAAAAGUCGCAGUUGCUUUAUACUUCCACUAUGGAGGCUGAGUAUGUUGCAUGUUAUGAAGCUUCUAUUCAGGGAACAUGGCUGCGGAAUUUCGUGUCCGAGUUUGGGGCUUUGAGUUUUGUUGACAAGCCUUUCACUCUUUAUUGUGAUAAUCAAGCCGCAGUUUUCUUCUCUAAGCAUGAUGGGAUAUCUAAAGGAGCCAAACAUAUGGACCUUAAAUAUCUAUCACUGAAACAAGAUGUCAAAAGAGGAAAGUUUGUCAUAGAACACAUAGGCAUUGAUGUUAUGGUUGCAGACAUAUUUACAAAAGCUUUACCUCCCAAGACAUUUCAUAAGCAUGCAGAAAGUAUGGGUCUUGAGGAUAGCUCUUAA